CAGACGACAGCAGUGAGAUAAAAUUUUGUUACCAACAUCUCCGUGCAUCACCCGUACACCCGUGCGUAAUCGCACAGUGUAUGCAAUUUGUGGUACAUCUACAUGUAGAAAAAAAAUCAGUGCACGCGCAAGACAUGGAGGAACUUUCGGCCGCAUCUCCGGCAGCUCAGUUUCUUGGAAGAUAAUGGAACAUAAACGACGAAUAAAAUGUCGGUCUGCGGCUUCUCUAAAACCUUCACCGUGUUAAAAUGUUUUCUUCUUAUAUCUGUGAUUAACCUAGUAUCAGGUUCACAGUGGUACAGAGGAUGUGCUUGGUCAAAUAUAACAACAUCAGAUCCAAGUUAUGUUGAGCAACAAAAUGUUGCCACCACACCAACCACCUGUUGCUCAGAAUGCUAUCAAAAUGGGUAUGAAUAUGCAGCCAUUGGGAAUGAUACUUGUUGGUGCGGUAAUAAUUUUGAAACAGCUUUUGAAGCAUCUGACAAUCACUGCAAUGAAAUAUGUGAAGAAGAAAGACCCCAGUUAUUAUGUGGCAGUACAGAUACAGUCAGUAUCUAUGCCACAGAAGGUCCAUACCUUCUUCAACUCUCCCUCUCGAAAGGAUCGACUAUGGUGCAGACUGGUAUCACAUCUCUCUUUGAUGCCAGAAUAGAACUUGCCGCUGCUACUGACAUAGAAAUUGGUAUUUCAAAUGUGGCCGCUAAAGACCUAGAACAUGUGAACUUCACCUGGUCAGUCAACGGCAGCGCGGUCAAGCAGUCCAUUAAAUCGGUCACUAAUUCUUCCACUACAUCCAGCCUCAUAUAUACAUUCCGUCAAGUCGGAGUCUGGUUCAUAGGAGUGACUGCCAGCAAUGCCAUCUCACAUCGCACUGCCAGGACAGUCCUUCACGUGGUUCAACCCGUGCCCUCUGACCUCCAGGUCAUUCUACGACCAGGUCAGGGAAACAUCCCAUCCUGCGUCCCAGAACAUGACAACCUCAUGUCCAAUCUCCCUGCUGUUGCUGUCUUUGUUGAUGAACCGGCUGAGUUUCAGGCUUACCUCUCGAUUGGCAUCAACUUGACAUUUGAUUGGUGGUUCAAUGAUGAUGGGAGUCAUGUGACCUCUAUGCCUUAUUUGGAAGAGGGAGAGUCGUGUGAUGUCAUCAUGUGUCUUCAUUCCCAUCAGGCUCAUAUAUUUAAUCAGGAAGGACUUUUUACAGUGACUGUCAAUGCUUCAAAUGAACUUGGAAGUGCUCAGAAAACUCUUCAUGUGAUUGUAAUGAACAGAGGUAUCAACAACUUGAGCCUAUCUUUGGUUGAAGGAUCUCACUUCACAACCCCAAACACGAGCCUGAUCUUCAGCCUGAAAAUGGAGACAGCAGAUCGCGAGCAAGCUGUUCUGUCCCUAGACUUUGACGAUGGGACUGUUUACAACCAGUCCCUUCGCGAUGUCAAUGAGACAUUUAUCAGUGGUGGAUCAGCUAACCCUGCCAAUAUGUACCUCACAGCGAGCUAUGGAGAUGGAUGUCAACUCAUUGUCUCCUUCAGCCACAAGUAUGCUGCCUCAGGGAGCUAUGGUCCAAAGACGCUCAUCCAAAGCAACAGAACUGCCUAUCUGGCUGAACUCUCGGAAGCCAUUGUUGUGCAGCGGUCCAUAGAGUAUGUUGAGUUGGAAUCAUCAAGUUCGUACCCUCUGGGAUCGGAGGAUUCUAUCAUCGCAGUCGUUCCAUUUAAAACUUACAAUAUGACUUACGAAUGGAGAGUUAAACUUGGCAAUGGAACAAUUACUGCCGACACCACACAGAAUGGAAGCAUCAUCCAGGUGUUUGAUUUUGAAGGUCAAUACGUGGUGCAAGUGACUGUGAGGAACUUGGUGAGCCAAGCAUCAGCUCUGAAGGUUGUUCGAGUUCAGAGAGCAAUCACGCAAGUGACCAUCUCAGAUAUAGAUCAGGGAUUUGUGGUCCCUGUUGAUCAGAUUGUAACACUAGAAGCAUCUACUGAAAGCGGUACAGACCCCACAUUCCAUUGGAACUUUGAUAAUGGAAGCACAUUUAGCGACAUGGGACAACAAGAUGCAUCAGGUCUUGUGGUAUUCAGCAUAGUCAAUCACACCUUCGCAGAAGUUGGCAAUUACAACAUUAGUGUCACUGCAUCAAAUCUGGUCAGUGCGGUGACCCAAAGACUUGACCAACUGAUCAUAGUCCAGGAACCAAUCGUUGGUCUUUCAUCUCAGUCCGUCCAUCCAACUACCUUGAAUCAGACAUCACGAAUAACCCUCAGAGUGAUACGUGGCUCUCAUGUGAAGUUUAUCAUAAACGAGAAUGGGAAAGAUGAAUUACUGCAGUCGGAACUGCAUGCGGAUGGGAUGUUUGUCAUCACCACUCUUCUUUCGGGCACUGGAUUGCACUACUUGAACAUCACAGCCUACAACAAUGUUUCUGAAGCAUCCACAGAAGCUACACUAUUGGUUCAAGAGCCCAUCAACAACUUUACAGUCAGUCUGUUACCACUGUCUCUUGGUAAAGUUGCUGUUAUUGCAACUUUCGAUGGAGAACUAAACAGAAGAGAUGAUCUCCUGUAUCAGUGGAUCCAAGAUGAGAUGAACAUUACAACAUCAAGUGGAGUCUUCAUCAUAGAACGUGAUGAGAUCACUGAUAAUAGCUCUGUUAUCGCUUCUAAUCUAGUGGAUAAAGGGAUAGUUUAUCUACCGAAUAAUGUCUCGGAGAGUCCUUUUCUGCUCAGCCAUCCUCAUUAUGUUGAAAUAAAUUCAACAGUCUCAUUCACCCUUUCUCUACAAUCUGGGCUCUCCAUGCGCAGUGUAGGAAUUACCUACCGCCAUAACAGCACUGGCUCGGAGACGGUUACCAUGCCUAUUGCUAGUCCGGUCCAGGAAGUUGUUUGGUCACGCACAUUCUCUAUGACAGGGUUGUGGCUCAUGGAUAUCAUUAUUGUGGACACGGACAAUAGAACUGUCCAGUCCACUUCAGUGGUCAGUGUCCAAGAGAGUGUUUCAGAUGUUAAUAUUCUAGGUCCUGCACUGUCCAGAUUUGAAUGGCCUUCAACUACUGUGACUUGGGAACUGAGACCUUCCACCGGCUCAAGCAUCAUGUAUGAGUGGGAGAUCAUCCCUCUUGACACCAACUCGUCUUCUGGGAUCAACAGAAUAGCAAUGGGAGGGAGCAACACUUUGGCCUAUAUUCCAUUUUGGAUGCCAGGAACCUACAACCUCACUCUCACAGCAUCCAAUGAAAUAUCUCGUACCUCGACCCAUACCCUAACCACCCUCCGAGAGCCAAUCACAAAUCUUGUUUUAUCCAGCAAUCCCGUCCUACAUGGACUUAACUCCACCAUCUCAUUUCAAGUCAGAGGUGGACUAGAAUUCACGUUCAGCAUCGAUUACGGGGACGGCACUCAACAGCAAGUUUCUUCCGACUCCCCAGACAUGUCUCUCGAGUCCAUCGACCACUCCACCCAGCCAGCGACAUAUGUCUUCACCUUGAGGAAGCACUAUGCAGACCUGGGUGAAUAUGCUGUUGUUGCAACGGUGUCCAAUGGUGUGUCCGAUAUGGAUGGAUCUACUGUUGUGAGGGUUGAAGAGAGGAUCACUGGGCUUACGAUUGUCACAUCCAAUUCUUGGCUGGUCAAUGUCGUUGACAAUAUCACCGUCGAGGCCACUGUUCAUACAGGCAAUGAUAUUGUCUUCACUUGGGACUUCAAUGACAUGACUGGACCUACAACAACAAUUCACAGCAACGGGAGCUACAGUGCAGUCAUCCAUACCUUUGGUAAGCCUGGAGAGUACUACAUCAGUGUCAGUGCUAGCAAUGCCUUGCAACAGGACCCUCUGAUAUAUCACUAUCCUACACAUUUUGUGGUCCAACAAGUGCCUGUGGCAUUGGAACUUAAUGUUUAUGAAGGCAACAACUGGGCUUCCCUCGAGCAGGACGAAGCAGGUGACUGGCAGACCGAUACCAUCACAUUCCGUGCACUGUGUUGGGGCUCUCACAUCAAUUUUGCCUUUGACUAUGGUGAUGGCUAUGAGGAGGUUAUUGAAGGCCAGUUGGGUUUAGUUGGCAAUUACUAUGGUCUCGGCACUCAUGCUUACACAGCAGAGGGUGAAUUUCAUGUCAGCGUCACAGCCUUUAAUCUUCUGACCAACGUCACCCAAUCACUGGGGACACCAUUCAUCGUGGUCAUCUCUCCCAAUGGUCUUUACUUUGACCAUGCGGUCUAUACAUUCCCCUUUGGUAACAUGUCAGUACUGACUGUCACAGUGGACGAAGGAAAUAACCUCUUCUUUAAUUGGUCAAUGGGUGAUCAAACCAAUUACUUAUUCGCAGGUCCAUCUGUAACUCAUGUUUACCGUACUGCUGCAAGCUAUAAUGUCACUGUGGUUGCAUUCAAUAAAGUACAGAGCCUUCAGACUGCAUGCACAGUUGAUAUUGUCAACUUUGUUUCUUUCGUUGACCUGAAGGUGGAGAGUCAGCUAGCGACGACAUACACCAAGCUGGUCUUCACUGCAGAGACUCCAGCGAAUAGUGCUAAGUGGUUCCGAUGGGACAUGGGGAAUGGACACCCUAUAAGGCAGACAUCGGUUAAUACCUUGACCCACCGUUAUACUCUCCCUGGCAUCUAUUAUGUAUCAGUUGAAGCGGGCAACCAUAUGAGUAACGCAACCUCCAACCCCGUUGAGAUGACCCUGCAGGCACUUAUCGGAACAAUGAUCAUCACAGCCUCAGCACCUGCACUCUUUGGACAGAGGACUGUUCUUGAGGUUCAGGUCUACUCCGGUAGCAACAUCGAGUAUGUCUGGGACUUUGGUGAUAGCUCCCCCUAUCUUAUUACGGAACAGUCUGUUGUACUGCAUUCUUAUAACAGAACUGGAGAAUAUUUCAUCAAUGUGUUCGCAAGCAAUGAUGUGAGUAAUUCAAGUGCGUCAACCAAUGUGUUCAUUUUAGAUGAGCCCUGUCUAGCUCCAGAACUCUACAUUGUUGGAGAUUCAAGCAGAACGAUUAAUUUCUCUAAUCCAAUAAAGCUGGAGAUUGAGGUAUUCAUCGACUGUGACAUCACACAAGAAACAACCUAUCAUUGGUCCCUCAUCGAUGCUGUCGUCGGAAGCCCUCUACUGUUGGAUCCAAUGGUAGCGUCUCUGGAUAAACGGACACUCUACAUACCCAGUCAUGUGGUGCCCAUAGGUUCCUAUUCAGUAUCAGCAGAGGUGCACAUGAACAACACAAUAGUGUAUUCCAGGACAUCAUUGAGUCUAACAAUCAGGGAAAGUCUUUUAAUUGCAGUCAUAGAAGGGGGUACCACAAGGACCAUUGAUAGGAACACUCUUGCUUACAUCAAUGGUGGAUUCUCUAUAGAUCCAGAUCAUCCGUCAGAUUCAAAUCUACAAUACAAUUGGACAUGUCAUCCGAUCGACAUCCCGUUUGAACCCUGCUUUGAUCCAUUGAUGUUUCCCAAUGACACGGCUCCUGUACCAUCCACCAAUGGCUCCUUACUCUUUCCUGCAGCCUGGCUUAGGCUGGACAUGGCCUUCCAAUUUGUCUUCUACCUUACCGUUAGCAAAGAAGGCAGGCAACCAGAUUCUGUUUCCCAAGUCUUGAAGGUCGUUUCCAAUGAGAAGAUUUAUGAACUCCUUGUGGAUUGCCCAUCCUGUGAUGAGAGCAUUGUCAAUUCGAAUGCAGAGCUAACCCUCGAGGCGCUGUGUCCAACUUGUGGGGAUAAUGUGACAUUUGUGUGGGAGCUGUUUGUCAUAUGGGAUGGAAGCACAACAUAUUCAAACUCUGCUUCUAGAUGCAAUCAUGCUGAUGGAUCAGGGUCAGCCGACAGCGAAACAACCAUCCAGACCAGUGUUACUCCACUCACUUCGUCACAAGUGAACACAGCAGGCAGCCAAGCCACAAGUCCACCCAGCACACCAGUGCAACAUGUAUCCACCCCUGGCAUUGUUCACACUUCCACUUCAUCCCAAAGCCCUACAUCCAGCCAAACAAGUCCAAUGGUAUCAAGUCCUGAUGGGCAAGGAACAAGUCCAACUUUUGGGACAACUGUGGCAUCUAGCACGUCGCCAACAGCUCUGUCGUCUUCUCCAGCGAGUCUUUCAACUACUUCCUCUCAUUCAGGCCCUGAUUGGUCAUCAUCAUCAUCAUCAUCACCCUUUGCGGAAUCCCUUCCAGAGUCUUCAUUUCUUGAAAAUAUUGCAAGCAGCAGUGCUCUGGAGGAAUAUUACAGCGACGAAGGUGGUGUCUUUGAGAGUGUCUUUGAGGACAGUGUCGCAGCAGUCGAAACGAAACAGGAUAAUUACUCUGAUGAUCUGACGCAAGGCCGCUCGAUGGGAACUAGCGACGACGGGGCCACCAAAAACAAGAGUGUAUCUACUGUGGAAGGAAGGUCUGGUUUCUUUGAAGCUCUCUCCUCUUCCUCCUCAUUUGUAGGGGAAACCCUGUCAUCAUCAUCCUCAAGCGUGGAAAUUACAGAAGAUACAUCUUCAUCAUCAGAUAUGGUUAUGGAAGCUGACGACUCCUCAUCCUCGGAAUCUUUCGGCUUUGCUGAAGUGGUGUCUUCGUCUGUGGGUGAGGUUGCAUCAUCAUCAUCAUCAAUCCAAGAAGAACCUCCAACUGCUGAUCUAUCCACCAUGUUGCCAACAUCCACAGCCACAUUGACAACCUCCGACCCCUCCACCCCUUCAGAGGCGUCAUCAUCCACCACAGGAAACACCAUACCGCACUCUACAACCCGUCAGCCCAUUGGUGGAAUAGUUGAAGACAGCCUCCUUGAAGACUACUCUGAGAGUAGCUAUGAAUACCCUGAUGAUUCCUCCUAUAUUGGUGAGGAAAGCUCUUACAGCAUUGGACCCACUACCAGGACCACCUCUGGGUUGCGGACAUCCGGGUCUUCUACCACUCCUCCGCAGCCACCUGAGGAACAUGUUGACGUUGAUGAUGGAAGCUCCAUUCAAGAAGGAGAUGAUACUCUAUACCCAGAAUAUUCAUCUGAUGCAUAUGGAGGAGGAGGAAUUUCCAGCGUACAGAGUAGUGCCAACGACGGGGAUGAUGUGGCAAACCCCGAUAAUCCUGUCACGUAUGAGGAGCACAUCGUAUCCCGGUCAUCCCAAGCAGUAGUCGUUAGCGAAGAAUCCACCUUGUCAGGGUUAAAAGGAAAGCAGUUCACCCUGAGACCUGGUGUCCUCGAGGAAGGUCGUACCUAUGCAGUUGGUGUCAAGGUAUAUCCUGAGGAUGGAAGCCCUGGGGUGCAGGCUGAAGCAUAUCAGUAUGUCACAGUCAACGAAGCUCCUCAGCUGGGCAUAUGUUCAAUCUCCCCGGAUAGUGGGACAGAAUUGGAUACUUUCUUUUCUGCUGUUUGUCACUCGUGGAAAGAUGAGGACACUCCUUUGCAGUAUGAGGUCAGAUAUAGUCUUAACCAAUCAGACCCAGAGACAAUUUUAUAUUUUGGAAUGGACCGAUCGGUCAGGUUUUUACUGCCUGCUGGACAUGCGGAAAACAACCACAAUGUUUAUCUGAAGUUAGCCAUAGUGGACAGCAAGGGAGGCAAAACAUCUGUUUGUGAUAUUGCCAUACCAGUCUUCCCAAAGUCUUUUGAAAGUUUAGAAAACAAGCUGGAAUAUCUGGAUGCUGUGUCCGUGGGCUCAAGCAGUAUGCUGUCGCUGUACGUUGCCCAUGGCGACGACCUCAACAUCACCUCCCAUGUGCGUUUGGUGGCACACCUGCUCAAUCAACUCUCCCAUGUCUUUGACGAGGAUCAUGAUUCUGACCACUGCCAUGUCAUUGCAGAGAGAUGUGCAAUACGUAGUGCCUUGCUUGAAGGUAUUCUAGCGCUACCUAUCAGAGAUGAGUAUGAAAUUCUUCAGGUUGUCGGUGCCAUUAAUGAGGUGUCCUCUGUACCAGUAGAGCUGAAUGCCCCCUGCCAGAGGAAGAUAUCCGGCCUCCUGACGACCUUAGCGACGUCAAGCGCACGUUGCAGGUGGGAGGAGCCCAGUCUAGCCCGUGAUGCCCUGGAGGUGAUGACCAUGGUUGCUUCCAACAUCCUGGAGUCUUUCCAUCAUAACCACACUGAGGAAAUCCUGUCACCAGAGGACUCCAGAGACAUCACAGAGAAGAUGGUGACAGCCAUGAUUGACAUGCUUCAGGUAUAUCUUGGUCACAUGACCACUGAGAGUGCAGCAGUGAUACUCACCAGUCCCCUGCUAAGCCUCCAGGGGUCCAGACUAGGUACCCUGGCUGGAGCCACCUUCUUGGCUGGGGGCGCAACCUUUACCCUCCCACCGGGCUUGGAUGCCUUGGUAGGCAAACCUCAGGCGGAGGAUAGUUGGACUGACAGGUACCGCUGGAAUUACCCUUGCUACGACGCUCACAUGGUGACCUACGUGGACAAUCCUUUCAUGUGGGGUCAAGGUGCAAAUAAGGUCACUACACCUGUAGCAUCCCUUGAGCUAUUCUCCUGUGAUGAGGAUGAGCCCAGCUUGGUAAAUGUCUCAAAUCUUCCUGCCGGAGAAGAAAUCCUCAUUGACAUUGACAACUUAUCUGAAGAGUUGCAACUUUCCUAUAACUACACCUUUGAUCCUGCAUACAUGAGCGUGCAUUCUUUCAAUGUCUCCCGGACUAACAUCUAUCAGAGUUUUCACAUCUCCAUCAGGCUUACUCCGAUACAGCGCCCCAUCCCAAUCACAGUCCUGUUAAGGUACGGAUUAGAGCCGACACCCACGAGGUAUGACCUGUGCUGGAGUCACAAUGACGACAUCAAUCGCAUUGAUAUCUUCCUACCACCAGACAGCUUCAAUGUCUCUGGCCGGUAUUACCUGGCUCUUGUUGAUGGUGAGUUUGGUGAGACAGUGUUCCGUCAGGAUGGUGAUCAGACUAGGGAGUAUCUACUCAAAAUGUGGUGGGGAGAGUGCCUCUAUUGGGAUCCUGCAGAAGUGAGUUGGUCACCUGACGGAUGCUCUACAUCUUCUACAUCCACCUUUGAUACCACACAAUGCCUGUGCACCCAUCUCAGUUCCUUUGGAGUUAGUUUUGUCCCCAUCCUCAGCAUCGUCACCUUUGUCGACAUGCAGCUCUUCGUCGGGCCGAACAAGAAUCCAGUGACGUACAUGUUUGUUGCUGGGUUGAUCGGAGUGUAUGCUCUUUUGUUUAUAUACUGUUACUAUGCCGACCGUCACGAUGAGAAGAAGCAAGGAUUGAUCUACUUGAAGGAUAACCAACCAGGAGAUAGACAAUACUAUGACAUCACAGUUGAGACUGGGUUCCGAACUGCAGCAGGAACGACGGCAAGGAUCAGCAUCGUCUUACACGGAGAUGAGGGACAUUCAGAGACCAAAGAACUCAUCUGUGAUGACAAACCAAUCUUUGAGAGGAAUUCACGAGAUAGAUUUAUCAUCAGUGUCCCAGAGUCCCUCGGAAACAUCCAACGGCUUCAGCUAUGGCACAACAAUGCCGGGCUAUCACCUAGCUGGUACCUGAGUAGGGUCUCAGUACGUGAUCUUCUGACAGGGCAGAAAUGGUUCUUUAUCUGUGAGCGCUGGUUUGCCGUGGAGGAGGAUGAUGGGAAGAUUGAACGAGAGCUUCUGGUGGUUGAAGAUGGGGUUGGUUUCACAAAGGCUUUCUUUGCCAAGGGAUCCCAGUACUUUGCAGACUAUUACCUGUGGAGUUCUGUCUUCACCAGACCCCCAUACAGUAUCUUCACCCGAGUGCAACGUCUCACAUGCUGUCUCUGUAUCUCCAUGGGUUUUAUGUGUGUCAAUACACUCUGGUACCAGAAACUAGAUAAGAAGGAUUCUGAGCUUGGGGUGAUCGAUGUAUCCGGAGAAGCGGUGCUCGUUGGAAUUGUCACAGCUCUUAUUGCUAUCCCUAUAAACUUCCCUCUCAUCAUGCUCUUCCGGAGGUCAAAGCCCUGGCGAAUGCCUGGAGAAAUUGGAGAGCUUUUCAAGCACAUCAAAUCCAAUAGCAAGCAUCAAUCUGACCCAGAAGAACAAACUGCUGCACAACUGUACAACCUUCAGAGAUGGGCAAGGGAGAAGUGGAAACAUAGACACAAGAGUUCUAUCUUCAAGCACCUGUCCGAGAAUGAGAGCAGUCGAUCCAGCAUUGAUGCUCAUAGCUACUCCAGUGGAUUUGGUGAACUUUCUUCAGAAGACAGAUUUAGGGCAAUGUUCACAGACAGUGACUUGACAUCACCAGAGCUAACUGAGAGCUGGGAGUCUCUAGAUCCUGAUCCCAUUCCCUCCACGAGCCAUAAGAAACUGAAGAGUCCCAAGAUCUGGCUACCGCAUGUCUUCUAUUUCAUCGCAUGGGGAGGAUCUAUCUUCAUUGUGAUCGCAUCUUCCGUCAUCACAAUUGUACUUGGUCUCAAGUUCAGCUAUGCUCAGGCCAUAUAUUGGAUGCAGUCUAUGUACUUCUCAUUCCUGCAAUGUAUCUUCAUUACCCAACCAUCAGUGAUGGCCAUGCUGACCAUUGGUAAAGCUUGGAAACACAGCAACAACAUCAAGAUAUUUGAUCACUAUGACGACAACACAGAUCUGAUUGACAAGCGGCUUCUGCAUAGAUCAAGGGUUCAGCUAUACGAACAAGAUCUAUCCAAGGCAAUAGCAGCCCGUCAGCGGUCAAGAUAUCUGAGAUUUGCCCGCCCACCUCAGCCUAAGGAACUUCAGAAAGCCAAAGAGAAAAUGAUGAAGGAAAAGCAUAUGUAUGCCAUCCUCAAGUAA